AUGGCGGCGAUCGGAGAUAGGUACGGUAACGAUAUGGAUAGCGACUCCGACUCUGCUCCAGGCUCCCCUGGUCUGGACGCGCAAUACGACUUCGACGACAACGUCGAGGAACUCGAUGAGAAGCACAUCAAGUCCGCGUUGAAGAAGUCGCCAAACACGGAACCCGCGCCCCAAAUAAUCCGCCCUAUCCUGCCCCCCCAAACAGAGCCCAAAGACCUCGACCUCAAGACCCUUACUCCUUUGACCGCAGAGAUUAUCGCCCGACAGGCUACGAUCAACAUCGGCACGAUUGGACAUGUGGCGCAUGGAAAAUCGACGGUUGUUAAAGCCAUCUCGGGCGUGCAGACAGUCCGCUUCAAGAACGAGCUGGAGCGGAAUAUUACCAUCAAGCUAGGUUACGCCAAUGCCAAAAUCUACAAGUGCGACAACAAAGAGUGCCCAAGACCGACGUGCUUUAAGAGUUUCAAGAGUGACAAGGAGGUUGAUCCAGCUUGCGACCGCGAUGGAUGCUCUGGAACAUACAGAUUACUUAGACAUGUCUCUUUCGUUGAUUGCCCCGGUCACGAUAUUCUCAUGAGCACUAUGUUGUCUGGAGCGGCAGUUAUGGAUGCUGCGCUCUUGUUGAUCGCAGGUAACGAAACAUGCCCACAGCCUCAAACCUCCGAACAUCUUGCAGCCAUCGAAAUCAUGAAGCUUGACAAGAUCAUUAUUCUCCAGAACAAGGUCGAUUUGAUGAGAGAGGAGGGCGCAAACUCACACUACAUGGACAUCCUGAAGUUCAUCCGAGGAACUGUUGCUGGAGGUGCACCGAUUAUUCCGAUUUCUGCUCAACUGAAAUUCAAUAUCGAUGCUGUUAAUGAGGCCAUUGUCAACACCAUUCCUGUGCCUCUGAGAGAUUUCACCCAAGACCCACAGAUGAUUGUUAUCCGUUCAUUCGAUGUCAACAAGCCAGGUGCCGAGAUUGAUGAGCUAAAAGGAGGUGUUGCCGGUGGAAGUAUCUUGCACGGUGUUAUCAAGCUUGGUGACGAGAUCGAAAUCAGACCUGGAAUCGUCACGAGGGAUGAGAAGGGAGCAAUCAAAUGCACGCCUAUCUUCAGCAGAAUCGUAACCUUGAAUUCGGAGAACAACGAGCUGAAGUACGCAGUACCCGGUGGACUGAUUGGUGUUGGAACCCGAAUCGACCCUACACUCUGCAGAGCCGAUCGCCUGGUUGGAUUCGUCCUCGGACUGAAGGGCCGCCUCCCUGAUAUCUACAUCGAAAUUGAAGUCAACUACUACCUCCUCCGCCGACUUUUGGGUGUCAAGACCGCCGACGGAAAGCAAGCAAAGGUUGCCAAGCUGGCGAAGAACGAGGUCCUGAUGGUGAACAUCGGAUCCACUGCCACUGGCGCGAAGGUUGUGGCCGUAAAGCAGGAUGCCGCGAAGCUGGUUCUGACGAGUCCCGCGUGCACGAACGUUGGGGAGAAGGUUGCGCUGUCUCGCCGUAUCGAAAAGCAUUGGCGAUUAAUCGGAUGGGCUACCAUUGCCAACGGUGUGACCUUGGACCCAAGCACUUCUUAA